UGAUGUCAGCGAACAAGAAGACAUGGCGCAGGUAGACAAGACAUAUGACAGUCUUCAGAAGUUGGUGGGAGAUGUUUGUAACAAGUUGAAGGAAAACACUCGCACGUCACAUCUCCAAAUGAGGAAUUCAUUACGUCACGUGAAGACUGGCCUUAGCAACCGUCUAGGGAAAGUGACGUCACACAAACACAUUGUAACCCGAGUCACGGCAGUGUCAACAAGUCCUGCACUGAUACACAUGAUACAGGCUCUGACAGACAGGGUCAACAGCCUUGACCUCAGCACCGACUUGCAAGGACACGUGUGGGUGAAGCCCAUGUCUAGUGUAGAGUGUUAUCAAGAAGUUGUGAGACGGGUAGAAGGUGAUCUCCUGAUGUUAAAGCAGCAAAAGACAGACUCAGAGUUGGUUGCACAGCCACCAGUCCUUGUGUUCCACGACAACUGCGGAAUAAACAUUCGUCUGACAAACGGUAACAGGACCGCGGAGAAGAUAAAACUGAGUACCAUCCUUGACGGGGGGGUUGUGUCACGUGACCCUAUGUUAGCGAACGUCUUGUAUGAAGUCACAGUUGACGCAGGAACAGGUAGAUACAACGCGCUAUUUCUGGGUGUGACAAGAAUUUCUCCUGCAUGCUUCACUGUGACACAGUGGCCUAUAGUCGUGGAUGACUCCGUUAUCGUCGGGCCCAGUUUGGUCAGCUACCAGCAGAAAUUUGUGCCGACAUCGCUCGGAGAAGGUCUCAAGAAACUUAAAGUCGGGAGUCGAGUCGGGGUACUGGUGACCUCGUCAAACGACCUUCACAUCUACAUCAACGGACAGGACCAGGGCGUUGUAGCAAUGAAUGUUACACAACCCUGGUUUGCUGUCUUUGCUAUUGGCAGCUCAUAUAGUAAGGUGACAGCCCUUCCUACAUCUAGGAAUACAUAACGAAUAUCAGAGAACAAAGAGGCUGAGACAGUCAAACUGACGAUGGCAUCAACCUGGACGUUGAUAUUACCAAUAAGAACUCGAGUGAAUUUGCUUAGCAAGUAUGUUAAAGAAACUCGUUAUAAAUAAAAUCUAAUGAUAUUUAAAUUUCUAUAUCGAGUAUACUUGUUGUAUUUUCUUCUUACGCUUGUAUUCUUUAGUACAGGACAUACGGACAGCAUGUACAUCAUAUGGCCUAACUUAAAAAUGUUUAUAAAAGUUGAAUUUUUGAAUUACUCUUUCUGGAUUUUCAUAAACUGUAUACAGAAGCGGAUAAGUUAAUACAUACUUAUAUGACAACCAAAACUCAGAUGUACAAAUAACGAUACACAGACAAUGACAUGAUCUGUCUAAUGUGUCUUUUCCGCUUGUAUUUUCAAUUACGUAUAAGCUAUUGUCUCACAUGGAGAUAAACA